AUGUCGUUUGUCGUCGGAUGCGGCGAGAAUGUCAUUAUUGCUUCGGGAUCAAUCAUCGCCAAUUAUGAGCAUUCCACGGGGAAAAUGAAUACGGAAUUUUUCAAAUGGGAAAGUGUCGAGGAAAAGAAUAUCGUGCAGACGACAGGAGAAGAAGAAGACGAAGAGAAGAAACCUCAAAAAAAGGCUGUUGACGACAUUGUGGUUCUUUGCAUAUCAACUUCCGGCUCACCGAACAAUUUAUUGGCGAUUGGAACCAAUGAGAAGCUGUUGCACAUCUUAAAAAUUUCUGACGAUGGUCUUACCGCGAAACAUAUCAUCGCCGGAAUUGUUCCGAAAGCCCCAACAUCUUGCGUGUUUGAUAAGGAAAAUGCACAUGUAAUCAUUGGAGAUCGGGCUGGCGAAGUUCAUAAAAUGGAAAUUGCGACUGGAAAAGUUGUGGAGAUCGCUGGCGCAAUUUCAAUGAUACUUGAUGUUGGCUUGUCGACCGAUGGUAAACACCUCAUUCUUGCUGAUCGCGAUGAGAAGAUUCGAAUCUUGCGGUAUCCUGAGUCUUUUGUCAUCGAAAACAUAUGUCUCGGUCAUACGGAAUAUGUGAAAAGUAUCGCAUUUCAAUCAAACGGGACCAUUUGGAGUGGAGGCGGUGAUGGUCAUUUAAGACAUUGGAACAUGACAACAGUGAAACCAUUGAAUUCCAAACAAAUCUUUGAAGAAAAAAAUCCAUUGGCGAAAGUGUUGACGACUCCUGAUGAGAAGCAUGUCAUUGUGACAGUCGAGAAUAGCGCUAAAUUCUGCAUUGUCAACACUGAAACUUACGACGUCUCUGUUGAUUCUGUCAGCGAUGAGCCAAUUAUAGACAUUUUCAGCUCGCCUAAAUAUUUGCUAAUUUUAACGAAAACUGCUCUUGUACUUUAUGAUCCGAACAAUUAUAAAAAAGAAGUUGCGUUGGACGGAGAUCUCGCGAAAUCAGUCGCUGAAACUAGACCGGCACUUGGCAAUUUAUUUAAAAAUGUUACUUAUAAUAACCAAGAAGAAUAUGAAAAGCGAAAGAGCGAAAAAUUCGCGAAAGUUGAAGAGAAAAGGGCCUUGAAGCGAAAGGCGGCGCAAUGA